AUGAAGAUUCGCCGCAUUUGGAGGCGCAGGCACGAGCGCAUCGAAGUAGCCUCAUCUGCUGCUCGUAGGGAGAGGCAUUCACUUCCGAGGAUAGGUCAAUCCAUCCCAAAACCCCUGGAAACAAUCCUGGAAGCCGAGUCGUUUGAAUCGGAAUUUGUAGCGACAACAAUGACCGUCGAGCAAAAGACAAAGCUCUCCUACAAAAAGGAAGAGGUAAUUCGUCUAAAUGUCGGUGGACAGCGAUUCGACACUUUCCUGCGUACACUACUCGUCGAUCGUAACAACGAGUUGUUCUCGCAUUUUGUGGUAUUGCUAGAGACGGAUUUGACUGACGAUCGACUUCCGGCGAGGGAUAAUGAGGGGGCUUUCUUCCUCGACCGGGACCCCGACCACUUUCGUACGAUUCUGAACAACCUACGUUACGUCAGUCAUCUUCAGCAAAAGCAACGCCUAACCCCGGGGAAAUCCACCGAAUCGCUGUCGCUUGACGAGGAGGGCAAGCCGCAGAAGAGUGGCGGGCUUUUUGGCCGAUUCCGCAAAGCCACC